AUGGGUAAAAGGAGGUUCUCGGGUUUGGAGGUGACCCUAAUGGUCUUGUUUGCAUUGAUGUCAGUGGUAGCCGUCACUCUCGUAAUUCUGUUUUUCACUGGAGAACCUGGCCUUACUAAAGAUGAAACUACAGAAGCAUUCGUUCCUCAGUGUCCAACUAUUCCUCUGGCCGAAAGAGUGGACUGUUUCCCUGAUGCUGGAGCCUCAAAGCAACAAUGUGAGCAGCGUGGAUGUUGCUGGAGCCCACUGGAUGAGAGAAAUGUUCCCUGGUGUUUCUUCCCAACCAACCAUGGAUACACAGUGGAAGCAAUGGAGCAACCAGAUCCUUAUGUAAUGAAAGCCAACCUGAAGAGAAUGGCCUCUCCUUCUUUAUUCAAGGCGCAUAUUGAAGAGCUGUCACUUCAUGCAGAAAUGCAGUCAAACAAUCGACUCCGAUUUAAGAUCUUUGAUGCCCACAAGCAGAGGUUUGAGGUCCCCCAUGAGCAUGUAAGCAGCCUAAACAGUCACCCAUCCAGCCCCAUCAGCAACACACUGGAGAUCACACAGAAACCCUUUGGUCUUAUUGUGCGCAGGAAAGAGAACAAAAAAGUCCUGUUUGACACUACAAUGGCUCCACUGGUGUUUGAAGACCAGUACCUACAGUUGUCUGCUAAGCUUCCAUCCCAUAACAUUUAUGGCUUGGGAGAGCAUGUGCAUAAACAGUAUCGCCAUGACACAAACUGGAAAACCUGGCCUAUCUUCACCAGAGAUGCUUUUCCUAAUGGGGGAACACAUAACCUCUAUGGACACUAUCCCUUCUUCCUCUGUCUUGAAGAUGAGAGUGGAAAGUCAUUCGGGGUCUUCCUAAUGAACAGCAAUGCUAUGGAGGUGAUUUUGCAGCCCGCUCCAGCUGUGACCUACAGAACGAUUGGAGGAGUCCUUGACUUCUAUAUCCUUUUUGGAGACACACCAGAACAAGUGGUGCAGGAGUUUCUUGAGCUCAUUGGCAGGCCUGUCAUUCCUCCCUACUGGUCACUGGGUUUCCAGCUUUCUCGGUGGGAUUAUGGAAGCCUGAAUGAGGUCAAGAAAACAGUGGAGCGGAAUCGUGCUGUGGGCAUCCCAUAUGACAUUCAGUACACUGACAUAGACUACAUGGAGGAUAAGAAAGAUUUCACCUAUGACAAAAUCAAGUUCAAGGAGCUGCCUCAGUUUUAUGACUACCUUCAUGAGAAGGGGCAGAGAUACAUCCUCAUCCUGGACCCUGCAGUAGCCACCAGUAAGAGGGCAGGAAAUCUUCCAUACGAGUCCUAUGACCGAGGGACAGAGAAGAACGCCUGGGUCACUGAUUCAGAUGGGAAAACUCCUCUGUUAGGAGAGGUGUGGCCAGGAGAGACUGUAUUUCCAGACUACACCAGCCAAAACUGCAUUGACUGGUGGGUUGACGAGUACGACCGAUUCUCCAAGGAGAUCAAACACGAUGCCCUCUGGAUUGACAUGAAUGAAGUGGCUAAUUUCAAGAAGGGAUCAAAUAAGGGGUGUGCUGCCAACAACCUCAACUACCCUCCCUACACUCCAAAGAUCCUGGAUGAGGUGAUGUACAGUAAGACUCUGUGUAUGGAUGCCAAGCAGGCCUGGGGGAACCAUUAUGAUGUCCACAGCCUUUACGGUUACUCCAUGGUGCUGGCUACUGAAAAAGCGUUGCAGCGUGUGUUUGGAGGAAACCGUACCCUGAUGUUGACCCGCUCCUCCUUCCCAGGUGUGGGGAAGUAUUCAGGUCACUGGCUGGGGGACAAUGCUGCCAACUGGAACGACAUAAAAUGGGCCAUCCCUGGCAUGCUAGAGUUUGGACUGUUUGGGGUUCCCUAUAUCGGAGCUGACAUCUGUGGAUUUUUUGAUGACUCUAGUGAAGAGUUAUGUCGUCGCUGGAUGCAGGUGGGAGCUUUCUAUCCCUUCAGCCGGAACCACAAUGCUCAGGGCUACAAGCCCCAGGAUCCAGCUGUGUAUGGUGCUGGCUCAACUCUUGUGGAGAGCUCUAAACAUUACCUGAUGAUACGUUACACGCUUCUGCCUUACCUCUACACACUGUUCUACAAUGCCCACACCACAGGAGAGACUGUUGUACGCCCUGUCAUGCACGAAUUCUACUCUGACAGCUCCACCUGGACAGUGGAUCGCCAGUUCCUCUGGGGAAAAUACCUGCUCAUCACACCCGUUCUGGACCCAGGUGUGGACAAGGUGUCGGCAUACAUCCCAGAUGCUUUGUGGUAUAACUAUGAGACGAUGGAACGGAUGGCAGAACGCAGACAGCGUGUUGAUAUGUAUCUGCCAGCUGACAAGCUUGGUUUACACAUCAGAGGUGGUGCGAUCCUCCCCACACAGACACCUGAGGUCACCACUACAUACAGCCGGCGUAACCCCAUGGGUUUGAUCAUUGCUCUUGAUGACAACAACCAGGCAGCCGGGGAGCUAUUCUGGGAUGAUGGAGAUUCCCGAGAGACGGUUAAAACAGGCAACUACAUCCACUACAAGUUCAGUGUUAUCUAUGGAGUACUGACAAUGCAGGUGACCCAUAAUGGCUACGGGGAUCCAGACAACCUUAAGUUUGAGGACAUUACUGUUCUUGGGGUGCCUCAUACUCCUUCAUCCGUCUCUGUGACACACGUUUCAGAUGGAAACACUGUCACCAUACUGCCGGACACCAACAUAGAGUAUAAUGCAGCCAAGAAGGUUAUGUUCCUGCGUGGCUUGUCCUUGACCCUUGGGAAGUCCUACCUAGUGCAGUGGGAGCUGGAAGUUGAUGAGUACCAGCGCUUUGACUGCUACCCAGAGGACAAUGCAGAUGAAGCUAAGUGCAAGGCCAGAGGCUGCAUCUGGGAGCCAAGCAACCUUGAACGUGUUCCAUGGUGCUUCUAUCCACAAGACUACGGAUACAUGGUUACAAGAACCGAGGAAACCAACUCAGGCAUGACAAUUAAUAUCAGUCGGAACAAAAAAUACAGGAGCAGUGGUCGCCCAGAGUCACCAGACAUUGACACACUCCGUGUUGAGAUCCAUUAUCACAGCAGUGACAUGCUCCAGUUCAAGAUCACGGACCCGACCACAGAUCGUUAUGAGGUUCCAGUGCCUCUAUCAGUUCCAGCUACUCCUGAGACUAACGAGAGCAAGAGGCUUUACAAGGUCCAUGUUACCACAAAUCCAUUCGGCAUCCAGGUUGUAAGAAAAAGCACAGGAACCAAGAUUUGGGACUCCUCUGUGCCAGGUUUUACCUUCUCAGACAUGUUCAUCCAAGUGUCGACACGACUGUCAUCAGAGUUUGUCUACGGCUUUGGAGAGACGGAGCACCCCACCUUUAAACACAACCUUAACUAUCAUACCUGGGGUAUGUUCGCCAAGGACCAGCCUCCUGGUUACAAGGAGAACUGCUAUGGAGUGCAUCCAUUCUAUAUGGGCCUUGAGACCACAGCCGAUGCUCAUGGAGUGCUACUGCUGAACAGUAAUGCCAUGGAUGUGACUUUCCAGCCUACUCCAGCUUUAACUUACCGAACUCUGGGAGGCAUCCUGGAUUUCUACAUGGUCCUAGGACCUACACCUGAGAUGGUGGUGCAGGAGUAUACUGCACUGAUUGGACGACCUGUUCUACCAGCCUAUUGGUCCCUUGGGUUCCAGCUCUGCCGCUAUGGUUACACAAAUGACCAAGAGAUAUCAGAUCUGUAUAAUGACAUGAGGGUAGCAGGUAUACCCUAUGAUGUACAGUAUGCAGACAUUGACUACAUGGAUCGUCAGCUGGACUUUGUCCUGGACCCUGAGUUUGCUGGACUACCUGCCCUUGUUGAGCGCAUGAGGGGAGAAGGCAUGAGGUUCAUCUUCAUUCUGGAUCCAGCCAUCUCAGGUAACGAGACACGUCCAUACCCUGCCUUUGAUAGAGGUCAAGCAGCGGAUGUCUUCAUCAAAUGGCCCAAAAACAUCAGUGAUGAAAUUGUGUGGGGGAAGGUUUGGCCAGAUUACCCGAAUGUCAUAGUAGAUGAAUCUCUGGACUGGGAUACACAAGUAGAGCUCUACAGGGCUUACACUGCAUUCCCUGACUUCUUCCGCAAUACAACAGCAGACUGGUGGCAACAAGAAAUCAAAGAUUUCUAUGAGACUUGUAUGAAGUUUGAUGGCCUUUGGAUUGACAUGAACGAGCCUGCCAGUUUUGUCCAUGGCACAGUUGGAGGGAAAUGUCUUGGUGACCCACUUCUAGAGAACCCUCCAUAUAUGCCACCUCUGAACUCUAAACAUCUUGGCUUAAACCAUAAGACCCUUUGCAUGAACAGUGAGCAGAUACUUAGUAAUGGAAAGAAAGUCAGACACUAUGACGUCCACAACCUCUACGGCUGGUCGCAUACCAAGCCCACCUAUGAUGCCCUGCUGGCUGUGACAGGUAAAAGAGGCAUAGUGGUGACCAGGUCCACCUACCCCUCCAGUGGAAUUUGGUCUGGACAUUGGCUGGGAGACAACGCUGCUAGAUGGGACCAGCUAUACAAAUCCAUCAUAGGCAUGAUGGAGUUCAGUCUGUUUGGCAUCCCUUACACCGGGGCAGACAUAUGUGGGUUCUUUUAUGAAGCUGAGUAUGAAAUGUGUCUUCGCUGGAUGCAGCUGGGUGCCUUCUAUCCAUACUCACGCAACCACAAUGGCAAGGGUAGCCCGAGACAAGAUCCCGUUGCUUGGAAUGCCACGUUCUCUGAGGCUUCCCGAGACGUCCUGAACAUCCGUUACACCCUCCUGCCAUACCUGUACACACUGAUGUAUGAGGCUCAUACAAAAGGAAGCACAGUUGUCAGACCACUCUUGCACGAGUUUGUGAAUGAUAGAAACACAUGGGACGUCUACAAGCAAUUCCUCUGGGGGCCCGCCUUACUCAUCACCCCUGUCCUAGACCAGGGAGCCAGACAUGUGGAUGGCUAUGUUCCUGACGCACGCUGGUAUGACUUCCACACGGCCAGAGAUGUGGGAGUCCGUGGCCAAAUGGUCAACAUGCCAACACCCUUGGACCAUAUUAACCUUCAUAUCAGAGGAGGAUAUAUCAUACCCUGGCAGAAACCAGAGAACAAUACAUUUUACAGUCGUAAGAAUCCUUUAGGACUGAUUGUUGCCCUGAGUGACAGUGGAACGGCUCAAGGUUCAGUCUUCUGGGACGAUGGAGAAGGAAUAGACACGGUUCAGAAAGGAAACUAUAUGCUGGCCUCCUUUGAAGCACAAUCGAGCACCUUGAACAGUCAGAUUGUACACAAUGGCCUGGCUGCUGCUGACCGGUUGACCCUGGGUGUGGUUAAGGUUUGGGGUGUGGGCGGUGGAACUAUCACAGUGGUGGAGCUAGCAGUGGCUGGAACAGUGCAUCCUCUGACCCCGCAGCACAACCUUGACACUCAGGAGCUGAUUAUUGAUGCUUCUGCUAAGUCUGUUCGUGUGGAUCAGCCAUUUAGCCUAAGAUGGAGGACCACCAUCUGAGUACAGUUUUGUCUUCUGAAUAUCUAAAUGCCUUGAUGAUGUGCUUACCUAUAAAUGCUGAAUUUUAUUUGAAUCUCACAACCCAGUUGAGAGUGUUUAGUUUACUUAACCAUUACACUUGGUACACUUGAGUACAGAUAUAAAUAAAUUGCUGUUUUCAAAAUUGACUAUAAUUAA